CUAUAAAAGAAAAUGUCAGAUAUUGAGUACUUGUUACAGCAGAUUCUUUUCCCAGUGAAAUAUUAUGCCAAACUUGUCAAAGAUAUGGGUCAUGGGUGACUCUGUGGAUAUAUCUGCAGUAUUAUCAUGGCAACCAAAUUGGUCACAAGUUAAAACUAAGACAAGAGACUAAGACAAGCACUCCAUUGUGCUAGAGUAUAAUUACAUAGAUCAAGUUUAAUCUGCAAAGGAGUAGCAAUAUUUUGUUCUAUAUCAGUGCUGUGUUUCCUUCUUAUUGCAAUUUUAUUUCAGUAAAAAGUUGGAAUGUCUGAAAAUGCAAACAUUGGCUUCCUUUGUCUACAAAUGCCAGAAAAUAAAUGUUUGCUUUAUAUUUCAGGCAAAAAGGAGCUUCCAGAUUCAAAAGUAAUUGUAGAAAAAUUCUUACUAAGGAGAAAAUUCAUUCCCGAUCCUCAAGGCACAAAUGUCAUGUUCACCUUUGCCCAGCAUUUCACUCACCAGUACUUCAAGACAGAUACUCAGAAAGGACCAGCCUUCACAAAAGGUCUUGGACAUGGGGUUGAUCUUAGUCACAUCUAUGGAGAGACUUUGGACAGGCAGAUGAAACUAAGACUUCUUAAGGAUGGAAAGCUAAAAUUUCAGAUGAUUGAUGGAGAAAUGUAUCCACCUACUGUGAAAGAAACUCAGGCAGAAAUGAUCUAUCCACCUCACAUCCCUGACCACCUGAAAUUUUCUGUAGGACAGGAGGUCUUUGGCUUGGUUCCAGGACUGAUGAUGUAUGCCACAUUGUGGCUCCGGGAACACAAUCGGGUCUGUGACAUUCUUAAGAGAGAACACCUAGAAUGGGAUGAUGAACAACUAUUUCAGACUGCCAGACUGAUCUUGAUAGGAGAAACCAUCAAGAUUGUGAUUGAAGAUUAUGUGCAACAUUUAAGUGGAUACCAUUUCAAACUGAAGUUUGAUCCAGAACUUCUCUUCAACCAGCGAUUUCAAUAUCAGAACAGAAUAGCAUCAGAGUUCAACACUCUCUACCACUGGCAUCCUCUUCUGCCCGAUACCUUUCAAAUCCAGAACCAAGAAUACACUUACCAGCAGUUCCUGUAUAACAAUUCCAUUAUGUUAGAACACGGCCUUUCUCACAUGGUGCAGUCUUUCUCCAAGCAAAAGGCUGGAAGGGUAGCUGGGGGUAGGAAUGUUCCCGCUGUAGUGCAGAAAGUAGCUAAAGCUUCUAUUGAUCAAACUCGGCAGAUGAGGUACCGAUCCUUGAAUGAAUACCGAAAGUACUUUCUGCUGAAACCUUUUACAUCAUUUGAAGAACUUACUGGUGAAAAAGAAAUGGCUGCAGAACUUGAAGAGCUCUAUGGAGAUAUUGAUGCUAUGGAACUGUACCCUGCUCUUCUUGUUGAAAAGCCACGUCCUGGAGCCAUCUUUGGUGAGACCAUGAUUGAACUUGGGGCACCCUUCUCCUUGAAAGGUCUUAUGGGAAAUGCCAUCUGCUCACCUGAAUACUGGAAGCCAAGUACUUUUGGGGGUAGAGUGGGCUUUGACAUUGUGAAUACAGCCUCCCUCCAAAGCCUCAUCUGCAAUAAUGUGGAGGGCUGUCCCCUCACAGCCUUCCAUGUCAUCAGCUCUGAAACAGUGGCAACAAAUAACGUCAGCACCUCCGGCAGGUCAAUAGAUGAAAUCAGCCCGGCCGUACUACUCAAAGAGAGGUUGGCUGAAUAGUAGAAAUAAUCACUGUUUGUGUAUUUAUUAAUUUAUUUAUAUAACAAUAUUUAUUUAUGCUUCAAACAAAACCACCAUGGAGCUCUGUAUAUUUUCUUGUGCCCUGGCAUCUAAUUCAGGAUGUCUGACUUGAAGGGAGUUCUGCUUAGAUUUGCAGGACAGGAUUUCUUCAUUCUUCAUUACAUCUUCUGUACCAGAAUGAGAUAUUCCAAAAUGGAUCAAGGGCUUCAGAUUUGCUGCUUUAAACACAAACAAUAACCUUGAGUGUUUUUUCAACUUGGCAUCACGAUGUUAAAGCAGGUUAAGCAUUAUUAAUUCAACAUUGAAAAGGUAUUUAAAUAGCUAGCUAAUUCCUUCAAGGAAGGGCCUUACCAAAUGAAUGAGGAAUAAAAAAGAAGAGUAGGGAGUUGGCCAAGGUUAUGCAUUUGUACAAUAUUAUUGACCAAAAAAUUAGGAGGUAAAAUGUCUAAAUUGGCCUCUGUGUUACCUGAUAUAAAAUUAGGAAGUGGGAAAUGACUUUUCACAAGCAAUUUUAUAAGAGAAACUGUAAGAUUUUGAAAACUGACCAUUUUCUGGCAAACUGAUUUCAUUUCCUGAGUAGUCUCAUCUCAGUUAAGCAAAAGUAUUAUCCCCUACUCUUAAAGAAAAGGCCUU